AUGCUGACUCCCGGAAUAACAUUUGUCUCUCUGCCCUCGAGUGACCUACAUUUGGCUGGCCCGUUCAAGCAACUGCUGCAACCGCUUCUCCGCAGACUGGAAGUUCCAAGCGCCCCAGAACAUCACAUCAUAAUGCCCUGCCUAACUCAGCAGCUACCAUCCGUUAUGCAGCGUUUCCCAAAUGUCAUGGUGCUGAAGUCUGUCGUUGACUGUGUGGAUGCUCAAGCCUCUCUUCGAACCGUAACCCCUCGACCAGAGCUCGAGUUCCCAUUCCAUCUAAAGCUGUCAUUAGCUUGUCAGAUUACUUCGGCGCUCCGGACAAUCACGCCAUGGUCAGCACAGGGAGGACCAAUUGUGACCGAGAUAAUGGCGCGAUUCCUCCCAUCCGAUCUGUGGAUAUUCCCAGAGGUAGCAGCUGCGACGGGAAGUCAGUCCAACUUCGACGACGCGAAACAUCUUUCAUGUAUACUGCGAGGGAACUUGGAGUUGCGUGCUGAUAAAAACAAUGAGGUUCUCAUCUUAGGAGCUGCGCUAACCCAACAACCACACGGCACAUCUCAUUCGUACGCUGAAAUCCUUUUCGAUCUACAAACAGUAUCGCAGAAACAAGAGUGGUUCCACGAAUACGUUACGUGUCUCCUCAAUCUCACCCUUCCUCCGUUGGUCAACCAUGGGAUCGGCGUGGAAGGACACGGCCAAAACAUGCUCGCACGCGUAUGCCGAAAGACCGGGAAAAUCAAGGGUUUUGCUGUUCGCGACUUCGGCGGCAUCCGCUUGCACACGCCUACCCUUCUUGAACAAGGCGUGAAUUUCGAUGGUAUGUUCCCGGAUUGGGCAGUGAUGACGGAAAACAUGAGCGAAGUAUGGGGGAAAGUGCACCACUCCCUGUUGCAGAAUCACGUCGGGUAUCUGUUGGAUGCUCUUCAACUGCAGAGGUACGAUGGGUGGGCCAUUGUGCGCGACGUAUUGGGGGGUGUCCUCGCGGGGCUUCCGCAGAAUGGGCUGUACGAGUUCUGCAUGAAGGAGACUAUUCCGUUCAAAUGCUUCUUGAGGAUGCGCAUGGAAGGGAAGUAUCGGGAUGUGAGUCGUCCAGGCCGAGACGGGGGGAGUAUUGAUGCAGUGCUAAUGUUUCAAUCGGUUCGCAGUAUGUAG